AGACAUUUCUUGGUGGAUGAUUUCCUUGCAUUCCACGAAUUUUGAAAGGGGACUUUUACUUUGCUUAUUAGAAUCUCUCGUGCGGUGACGUCAUCAGAGGUGCGCUGCAGCUCGCCUGUCGGUUGGGGAAAGAUUGAGGUGAUUGUGUGAGGUCUGUUUCUGUAGAUGCUAAAGAAACAAUCCCAAAUGACACAAUCUUCAGUGAAGUCUCUAUCACACCAGUUCAUCUAUAAAUACUGUGAAGAAGUCAAACAAGCAGCUGCUGUCACAACACAUUCAACUACUCUACUAUUCUGAUCCACUGUUGUAAUGAUGGAGUGUGUUAAAGAAGAGACUGAUCCUGAAUCAUUCACAAUAAUACCUCAACAUACUCAACAACAAACAGGUCCAAUGGGAAUGAAAGAAGAAGAUGAACAACAAAAUGAAAUGGAGGAUGAAGAUCAGCACCACAAUUUUAUAAGUGAAGAAAAUUCUUUCAGUUGCUCACAGACUGAUGAGGAUUCACUUCCAGAAAGAGCAAAAAACAAAAUCUUUUUUGCAUGCCAUCCUUAUGGUAAGACUUUACAACAAAAAGGACAUUCAAAUGUCGACAUGAAGACUCACACAAGAGAAACACCUCAAUGUGAAAAGACUUGCACAAGUAAAAAGCACCUUGUGGGACAUUUAGUAAGUGACACUGUCGAGAGGCCCUUCGCAUGCCCUCAUUGUGAAAAGUGUUUUGAACGGAAAAAAAAUCUUAAUAUCCAUAUAAAGACUCACUCUACUGAAAAGCCAUACGCUUGUCCUCAUUGUGAAAAGACGUACAGACGUAAAUGGCAUCUUAAUGAACAUUUAUUUAGUCACACUGGUGAGAGGCGCUUCACUUGCCUUCAGUGUGAUAAGUCUUUUUUACGAAAACGAAAUCUUGAUUAUCACAUAAAGACUCACACUGGAGAAAGGCCGUACAGCUGCCCUCAGUGUGAAAAGACUUACAUAUGUGAAAGGGAUCUUGGGAGACAUUUAGAAAGUCACAGAGAUGAGAGGCGCUUCACCUGCCCUCAGUGUGAUAAGGGUUUUUUACAAAAGAAAAAUCUUGAUGCUCACAUAAAGACUCACACUGGAGAAAGACCAUACGCCUGUCCUCAUUGUGAAAAGACUUUCACAUGUAAACAAUACCUUCAGGGACAUAUAGUAACUCAUACAAACGAGAGACUUUUUGCAUGUCCGCAGUGUGGUAAGUGUUUUUCACUAAAAAGAAAUUUUAAUGGAGAAAAGACAUGCACCUGCCCUGUGUGUGGAAAUGUUUACAAAUGUAAGUCUCUAAAAAAACAAAUAAUAAGUCACACUGACCAAAUGCCUUUUUCUUGCUCUCAAUGUGGAAAGAGUUUUAAACAAAAGGGAACCUUUAAUGUUCACAUGAGGAUUCACAGCGGUGAUGGGCUUUACACCUGUCCUCAUUGUGUGAAGAGUUUUACAACAAAUGCAAAUCUAGAGAAUCACAUACGAGUUCACACCGGAGAAAAACCUUUCAGGUGCCCUCAGUGUGAUAAGAGUUUUAAACAACGUGUACAUCUUCAGUAUCACAUACGAAUUCAUACAGGUGAGAAGCCUUUCUCAUGCCAUCUGUGUGAUAAGAGUUACACACAGUCACGAAGUCUCAAAGUUCAUCUGAUGUUUCACUCGAACGAAAAGGCAAUUGGCUGUGAGACAUCUGAAGCGGGAGACCUGGAGCGGGCCUAAUUGAUCUAGGGGUGUUUUACAUUUAAAUCAGAAUUGUCUAAUCUUUCUAUAGUCAAAUCAUCUGUGUGUGUUUGGGUUGGGUUGGGGACCAGACCAAGUAGUCAACAAAUGGGUAACUUUUAUUUUCUUUCACAAGCAGCACACAGAAACAACUUUCCGAUAAAGUGACCAAAACUGCCUUUAAGUGAUGAACGAAGUAGAAACGAUGCAUUUUUAUCUGUUUUUUUUUUUGUUAAAAUGAAAGGCUGUAUAUAAACAUUCAUUAACAUUAAAUUACCAUAUUAUUAAAUCACGAGAGACAAUCGUGUCAGGCAUAAGUAUAGGGCUCUUAAUUAACAUUUUUUGUGUAAUCAUCAAAAUUUUAGGACCAGCUUACCUGUUUUGUAGCUCAACGUUUCACAAGAUAACCACCCUAUUUUAAAUAUAUACCUGACGAAAAAAAAAUUAUGUUUAGUUUGAUGAACUCCUAAAUAUGAUCUAAAAUAUGACACGCAGAGUACGCAUUUGGUUAAAUUGCAUGUGCAAGCACCCAACCGCACGAAAUUGGUACACUAAAAAAGUAAUCCAAAAUGUUCAGACUUAAAUUAGAUCAGAAUUUACCUUUAUAAUAAAUAAAAAAAUAAAGUCAGAAUCAAGUAACAAGGUGCCGAUCGAAUUUGUACAACAAAAUGCUUAAAGGUCAAAACACAAACCACAAAUAGUUAAAUCAGAUAACUGAGUGAUUUAUAAAUAAAAUAAAGAAAUUAUUAAAAUAAUGAAAGCAAUGGUUUAUUAACCUGGAAACAUUUUCUCAUGGAUGUGUAGCCCUGUCACAGUGUUUUUGGAUUUAUGGACGCAAGUUAAAAAUAAUUAUUUAAAGUUGCUUUUUACAUAUUAUUUUAUAGCAUUAUCAUAAUAGGCGGUAUAAUAUAUUGAAAGAAACCUGUUAUAUGUGAAAUCAGAUAAUGUGCAGCCUUAUACAGACAAAAUUAAAUGAUCAGAUUAAUAACACAUCUGCGACGAUUUGACUGUGAGAUUUGAAUCUUCGACUAUUCAGGGACACCCCUAAAUUGAUCCAUACUGGAGAAAACCCCUAAAAGUGCUCAUAUUGUUUCAGACAAUUAAUUUACAGGAUCACAGAGAAAAGCGCUGUCUGCAAAGAGUGAAUGCAUUGGGAUCAAUUUUAGGCAUCAGGUCUAAGCACAUGAUGUGAAAUCCAGAUUAACCAGAAAACAGACUUGCUCCCAAAAGAUUAAUUUCUGUGCAUUAGUGGUGAAGUUUAUAAUUGUUCUUGAAAAUGUGUUUCGGAAAUGCUGUUUUUAUUGUGGGAGACUUCUUUUUAGGUCAUCAGCUGAGAUCAAUAUCUAUUUUUUACUUGCAGAAAGUAUUUUCAUUUAAAUGAAUUUGUUAAUUUGACCAAUUUUUUAUUUGUAGAUGAUAGUUUAUGAUGAUGUGUGCUUUUCACGAUUGAAUAUGUUGUCAUUUAGAUUAAAUAAAGAGACUUUUAUUUUGA